AUAGCAAGGUACGCAGAGUACUUAGUUCUGUACUCUCAACAGACCAAUAUAAACUCCAAAUAGAAAUUAUCCAAAUGAAGCUUUAGAGGGUUUGGUAACCAUGGGAGUUAGAGGCAGUAGGUUGAGUCAGAUCAUUGGAGUGAGCAAGAGACUGAGAUCGAGCACUCCGGUUAUGACUCCUAGAGGUUAUGUGCCUGUUUGUGUCGGAGUCGAUGGUGAUUUCCAGCGGUUCAUGGUUCAUACCAAAUUGCUUGGACAUCAAGAAUUCAUGGAGCUGCUGUAUAGAUCAGCAGAGGAAUAUGGUUUCUGCAAUGAUGGGGUUUUAAGGAUUCCAUAUGAAGCUAAGGAUUUUGAGGAGUACUGGAUGAUCAAAAAGUCCAAACCAAAGAUUUUCAAGGUUAAACCACUCUAG